CCUCUCCGCAUUCCGUUCUUGAAAACGACGUCGUUGAUCCCAAUAGGGUAAUUUUAAAUUUAUUCUUUGCGGCUCGACUUCAAAUCCAUCUAGCUUCCAGUACAUAUAGCGACAGAGGAGAGGCAUCCUAAUGCGACAGAGACUCCAUGGAACAGCAAACAUCAAGCACUGCACAGCCCAGUGAGGCUCCACAACCACCCUCCACUCUCCCACCUCCAUCCUCAGUCCCUCCACCUUCUUCAACAAUCCCAUCUUCCCCAAACCCUAACCCUAAUCCUAACCCUAACCCUAACCCCAACCCUACUACGCCCAUCCCCAAUCCUAAUCAUAACAUUAACCCUAGUUCUACUCCCAAACCUCCGGUCUCGGUUAACCCUCAGCCACAACAACAGCAGUCUCUUCAAAACUCUCAAACCAGGCCUCCGGUCCACAGACCAUGGCAACAGCAAUCACACUUUCAGCACUUUUCGUCCAACCUCUCGUCCUCUUCAUCAUCCUCUUCGACUCCGUCAUUGUCUACAUCGACCUCUUCUUCCGCCGUUUCUGCACCUCCGUCGCAACGGGGUGGGAUUGCCAUGGGCGUUCCUGCUGGGCAACCCACUCCAUUUUCGUCUCUUAACCCGCCAACGUUCGGCCAGCAAUACGGCGGGUUGGGUCGGAGCGCUGUCAAUGUGCCCGAAUCGGUUGCCAAUACCAACACGUCCCAGGUAAGGCCAUCUAUUCAAGGAAGUCAAGGUAUGGGAAUGAUGGGAACACUGGGCUCGGGUUCUCAAAUGCGGCCAGGGGGGAUUUCAGCACACCAUCAACAGAGGCCUGUCCAAUCAUCUCUCAGACCCCAAUCUACUGUAAAUAACCAGUCCCCUGCUACCCAAAAUUUUCAAGGGCAUGGCCUUUUAAGAGCUUCAUCAGUGGGAUCUCCGGGUGCACCAUCACCAAAUACAUCACAAAGUAUGCAGCCUCAUAAUCAGCCAUGGUUAUCAUCUGGAUCACAAGGGAAGCCUCCUUUGCCAUCCCCAUCGUUUAGACCACCAAUGACUUCUCAAUCCUUGCCUCAAAGGUCACAUAUUCCUCAGCAACAUCAUCAUCCCUUGCCAACUGCUUCACAGCAGCAGCAAAUGUCAACUGCACAACAACCACAACAACCGUUGCUAUCACAUCAACAACAGGAGCAUUAUGGGCAACAAUUUCCACCAUCAAGGGUACCACAAUCUUUACCCCAUCCACAACAGAUCGGGAGGGUUCAGGGAUCAGGAAACCAGAAGCCUUCCUCUCUUGCAAUUGUGCAUCCUAGCACGCCCCAGUUGGGGCCCCAUAGCAGAACAGCUAGUGCAGAGGCCAGUGAAUCUGGUAAUAGGAUUUUGAGCAAGAGAAGCAUCCAUGAGCUAGUAAAUCAGAUUGAUCCAUCAGAAAAGUUGGAUCCUGAAGUCGAAGACAUUCUUGUGGAUAUUGCAGAGGACUUUGUUGAGUCUAUUACAACAUUUGGUUGCUCAUUAGCCAAGCAUCGAAAAUCACCUACAUUAGAAGCAAAGGACAUACUUCUACAUCUAGAAAGAAAUUGGAAUAUGACUCUUCCUGGGUUUGGUGGAGAUGAGAUUAAGACCUUCAAAAAACCAUUUGUAAGUGAUAUUCACAAGGAACGGCUUGCAGCGAUAAAGAAGUCGGCUGUGGGGACUGAGUCAGCAAAUACGAAGAGUUCCAGUGGACAAGGUGCUGGAAAUACAAAGGGUCAUCCGGCAAAGACAUCUGCCAAUGUCUUGAGCUCGCCAAACCUUAAGAUACGUGAAGCUGCAUGAGAUGUGUUUAUUGGAUGGAUAUGAAAAUCAUAUUCACUAGGUAUAUUCUGAAGUUCUUAGCAUGCAUAAUGCAUAAGUUUUGAGCAUACACAGUCACCAUGCAUGUAAAUGUGGGAAAUAUUAUGUAAAUGCCCGUGUCCAUAUAUACGUAUGGACAGUUUGAGUAAAUGGCUUGAAAUGAUUGCUUCAUUUGUAA